GAAAUGAGCUGCAAGUGGAUUAAUCAGAAAAUGCUGAUAAUAUUUUACAUAUUGCUGAGCGUCAGAGUUGGUAGAUGCACAGAUGAUCUAUUCUUUGAAACAAAGAGUUUAGUUGUUGGAGAUUAUGUGACUCUGAAAUGCCCACGCCGAGUAGCUGAGUACAAAGAAACCAUGUACUGGAUAAGGAUAGUUUCUGGAAGCUCAGCUGAAUUCUUGGGAGGAACAUUUACCUUUGACUAUAAUGGUGUUAACAGAACUCCCCAUAUUACAGCAAAACAAGAGCCUGGAACUUUUACUCUUGAUAUAAGUAAAGUUAAUCUUAGUGACAUUGGCCUUUACUACUGUAUAAAAGUCAGGCAGCUUGCUAUGACAUUUUUAAAAGGAACGUUUCUUACAAUUAAAGAACUAGAACCUGAUGUCACUGACAUUUUUCAAAUGCCUCCAUCUGAUCAUGUCUAUCAAGGAGAUCCAGUAACUAUGCAGUGUUCACUCCUCUCUAACACUGAGAAGAAAACUUGUUCUGGAAAUCACAGUGUGUUUUGGUUCAGAGCUGGAACAGAGUCUCAACCCAGUCUAAUCUAUGCUCAUGGAAAUACUGGUGAUGAAUGUAACAAGAGUCUUGAGGAUCCUUCGCAAUACAAAUGUGACUAUAGCUUCUCCAAGAACGUCAGCACUGCUGAUGCUGGGUCUUACUACUGUGCUGUGGCCACAUGUGGACAGAUCAUUUUUGGAAAUGGAACAAAGCUGAACAUUAAGGGGCCCAGCACAUGGGACUUGCAGAAGGCCAAUACAGUUCUUUUUCUGUUAUCUGCUGCACUGGCUACAAGUCUACUUGUUAUAGCCUACCUCAUCAAGAAAUUAAGUGUUUGCUGCCCUGACACAGAUCUUGGAACAACCAGCGGAAAUCACGAGAAUCAGGAGAGAGGUGAGAACUCGAUGGUUUAUUCAGUAGCAACUUUCACCAUAAAGAAAAGUGGCAAACUAGUGAGAAGACAUGAAAAAGCAGAAGAGGAAGCAACAGUCUACUCUGAUAUCAGUGCUUCUGCAGUAAAAUAACUAUUUUUAAACUGAAUUUUAAGUGAUAUUAUCAAUUACAAAUGUUUGUAUGACAAACAACAAUGUCAUACAACAUAUGUCUUCUAUUUUACUUUUGAAACCCACAAAUUAUAUUAUAAUAACAUGUAUGAUUUUAACAUCACAUUGUGUUAUUGUCCAGUUUGUAUUUUUAAUGCUCUUUUGGAAGUGUAAAAUAUACAUUUUGCCGAUAAACUAUGACGCUAUAUAUUUAAAUAAAUGCUUACGGACUUGCAAAGGGGGCUUCCCAUCUUUCCUUUGUUUAACAUGCAUAUUUCAUCAUCUUAACCUUUCUUUAAUGCAUCAGUGCAAUUUAAAACACUUCAACAAAAUUGACCUAUGUGAACCACAAAAUAUUGGGCGUCAGACAGACGUCCAAUAGCUCACGUCUAUAUUGGGUCCAUUGGUCAAUCACCAAUUCUGGACAUCUGUACGACGUCUAAACUUGGUCCAUGAUUUUGACGUCCAGCCCUGACCCAAUUUGACGUUCAACAUUUUAACUUUGGACUGUGUACGUUUUUUGGAUGUCAUGUGGACGC